CUGGAUGAACUGCGUGUCGGAAUUCAAACUCAAUACCACCAUUUUAACUCACCUGUGUUGGGUGCUCGAUGACCACCGACUGUGCAGGCAGAGAGUGGAUGAAAUAUGGAUUGAUAUAUACAAUGGCACAAACUUCAAUGGAAGGGAAAGAAUGGUGGUUGUCUCAAAACAGCGAAAUUAAGGCGCCAGAAUGACGGGGACGGUUUACAACGAUGGGGACGACGCAACGGGAAUUAGCUGUCAUAUUCAAUUACUAGGGGUCAUCUGGUAUCGUGGAAACGUUGCAGCUCGACGGAGACAGAGUGACGGUGACGAAGCGGGAAUCGAUGGCUAUGUUAUGCAGAAUAAUUGGAGGAAUUAGCCAGGUUCGGACCUUGGGAUUUGAUCUACAACAGAGUCCUCAAAAGUGAUUUUGAAAGGUCACCUGAGAGGGAGAUUGAGAAGACGAUGAUUCACUUUUCUAGUUCGUUUUUAUCCUUGCCUUUUACUGUUAACGGUCUUCUUUUAGUCUCCUAUUUAAAUGAGAAGAAGGUUUGGAGUUUGGAUAGACUUUUGUGGAGUUUGCCGGACCAGUUUGUGCGCUUCAUAGUCGGAAGGCGAGAGAUCGAGGAAGAUGCCAAGAAAUGACCUUGCUUGCUUGUUUAUUGCAGUAGAAAAGUAAAUGCAAUUAAAUGAAAAUAAAAUUGAAAAGAAAAUCUAAGGAAGACACCCUGUUAGUUUGACGGUGGUUACUGCCUCGUUACUGAUUCAAUGAAUGUCGAUCUCAGCAAGCCAGUCACGAUCGAGGAGAUACGAAAAGCAGUCUUCUCCUUGGGUGCCCACAAAUCCCCAGGACCAGAUGGUUUUUCAGGUAUCUUUUAUCGAAAAUUUUGGAACACGGUUGGUGAUGAUUUCUGCAGAGAGGUUAUGGCUUUCUUCGAGACCGAGAAACUUCCCCAGGGGUGGAAUGACACACACAUUGCUCUCAUUCCGAAGGUGCCUUCACCGGUGCCUUCACCGGAGUCUGUCGGCCAAUUCCGACCUAUUAGUUGCUGUAAUUUCAAGUACAAGGUGGUUUCCAAGAUUAUGUCAAGUAGAGUCAAAGAGUUCAUGCCAUCCCUUGUUUCGGAAAUGCAAGCAGCAUUCACGGGAGGGAGAAUGAUUCAGGACAACAUCAUCAUUGUCCAUGAAGUGCUCCAUCACUUUAAGAACCGCAGCAAGGGGAAGCAGUAUGACAUGAUGAUGAAAAUGGACAUGAGAAAAGCUUUCGACCUUGUGGACUGGGACUGUUUGGAUGCCCUUCUGGAAGCAUACGGUUUCAACCAAAAGUGGUGUAGAUGGGUUAAAGAAUGCAUUCGGACGGUUCGUUUCUCGAUCUUGGUGAACGGUGGUCCCACUGAAUGCUUCUCCCCCACGCGUGGCAUUAGACAGGGAGACCCUUUAUCCCCUUUCCUCUUUAUCCUAAUGUCAAAUGCUCUUUCAUUUCUGUUGGAUAGAGGGAUUUCUGAAGGGGUUGUUCAGGGGUUAAAAAUCAAGCCUAAUUGCCCUCGACUUUCUCACUGCUUGUUUGCAGAUGAUACCGUUGUUUUCGGGAAAGCCUCUUUGGAGGAAGCUGAGGCUGUUAUCCAUAUCAUUGACAAGUACAAAUCGCUAACAGGACAGGAAGUGAACAUGGAAAAGUCAUCGGUCUUCUUCAGCAAAAACACUCCCCCGCCUUUGAGACUUUCUAUUACCACUUUUCUCGGCUUUCCUUCUUCAAUUUGUCAUGAUAAAUACUUGGGGGUCCCCACUGAAUGGGGAAGAUCGAAGAAAGAAACCUUUUCAUUCCUCCUCGAAAGAAUGGAGAAAAGAGGGGAUUCAUGGAAGAGCCUCAUGCUCUCGCAUGGUGGGAAGGAAACAUUGAUCAAGGCUGUCCUUCAGGCGAUCCCAACUUUCAUUAUGAGUGUCUUCCUUCUCCCGGUCACUCUUACAAAGAAGAUGGACUCUCUUAUUCACAGGUUCUUCUGGUCAGGAUCAAUGAAAAAGCGUUCGAUCCCGUGGCGAAAAGGAGAGGUCUUGAACGACCCCAAAGGUGAGGGUGGGGUGGGAUUCAGGAACUUUAACCUGUUUAAUCUUUCUCUGCUUGCCAAACAGGGAUGGAGGCUUCUUAAUGACCCGGAUGCUCUCUGGGCUCGUUUGAUGCGGGGACUUUACUUCCCUAACGGUCAUUUCCUCUCUGCCAAGAAGGGAAACAGGUCGUCGUGGAUUUGGGCAAGCUUGUGCGAUUCAAGGAAAGCACUGGAUUUGGGUACGAUCCGUGUCAUUGGUGCAGGGGAGGAAACAUACUUUCAUAGCGAUCCUUGGGUUCACACUCUCCAAAGCCACAAGAUCUCGUCUCAGAUGUACCCACCUUCUCGGGUGUGCGACUGGAAGAAUGAAGACGGCUCGAAGUGGAACAUGAGUCUUAUCCGACGUCACUGCUCACCGCAAGAAGCCGAUGCUAUCUCUCGCAUCCAGAUUGGCCCAGAAGGUUCCUCAGACAAGUGGGCAUGGAAAUUCAACUCUACAGGGGAAUUUUCAGUUCGGACUGCCUACCAUGGGAUAAGGAAGCACUUUAAAGAGCAGAAUCAGCCGACGGUCAAUGACGUGAACCUGCCAGCUGAUGACGGCCAAUGGAAAUGGCUUUGGUCCUUGAAGCUUCCACCCAAGAUACGUUUCUUCAUGUGGAGAUGCUUACGGAAUGCUCUCGCUACGAAUCUCAACCUUCACCGUCGACAAUGUGCUCCUAACCCUUCUUGUCAGCUUUGCAGUGGGCCUGAGGAAAAUGCUCUUCACUGCUUUUUUUUGUGCCCACAUGCCGCUGCUACCUGGCACAAGAUGUUUCCCUCCCUCGAUGCUCCUCCUAAUCUCUCACAAUGGAUCUUUGCCCUGAGGGAGGAAGAUAACCUUGACUCGUGUCGAAAGAAGAUAUUCUGCUUGUGGAAUAUUUGGAAAGCUCGUAACGAGUUCAUCUUCAGAAGGGUCGUUCCAGUCCCCCCUUUGACUGCCAUUUGCGCCUUCAGAGAUGCAGCUGAACCUUGUUACAAUCCUACUCCCGUUCCUCCCUUCACUCAGCCUAGAAACAUUCCACCACAAUCAUGCCCACCGCCAUUGUUUCCUCUGAAAAGGAUUUUCUGUGAUGGUUCUUUUGAUCAUGUGACACAGGAGGCGGCUUUUGGAGUAGUUAUUACUAACUCCAAUGGACAGAUUUGUGAUGGAAAGGCUGGAAGGAUCUCUUGUUCUUCCCCAAUUGAAGCAGAGGCACAUGCAAUUCUUGAAGCUUGCCAUUAUGCUCUUGAAGACCCGACCCCCUCAGUUAUCAUGUCUGAUUGCAAAGUUCUGGUGGACGCUCUCAUCGGCCAGCCUGCUGAUUGGCCUUGGCGUUGUUACGCAACUCUUUCCUCCAUUUCCAGAAUCUUGCAACAUUCGACAAGGAUUCGUGUUUCUUUCACGAGUCGUUGCCACAACAAAUGUGCUGAUUGGGUGGCUAGAAACUGUAGACUUAAUGGCCUUCAUCCUGAAUGGCUUCAAAUUCUCAAUGUUGUAUCUGCUUUGCUGUAACUUUGCUCUUUGGGGAAUGAAUGAUUGAAAUCACUUUUUCAAAAAAAAAAUACUGGUUGGGUUUGGCCAGCUUGCUCGGUUAAUAUUUGAGCAUGGGUUAAAUUGAUCCACUCAGUGCCACAUCAGCUCCACAUGGCCCAAUAAAAAAUAGCAUCACCGGUGCCAUAGUUUUUAUAGCGGCACCGUAGCAUUGGCCUACAAUCUACUCAUAAAUCUUGACAAGUAGCGGCAAACACGAAAGGAAGAGCGAGAGAAAGACUGGACUGGGCCCGCGGCCCAAAUCUCGUCUAUCUCAUUUUCCUCCUCAUCCUGGGCCGGGCCCUUGAAUCAAUUCACUAUCUGUUC